AUGACACAAGACUUUCAAGGAGACCAUCACGAAGACGACCACCAAGACGCUGAGAGUGAUGACGGUCAACUCCAUGAGGAGGCUGCUCUUAACUGUUAUUUCCAUGUCGUGCAAGCAUUCGCGAAAAAGAACAGCUAUGUCGGAAAGAUCAAAGAUGCAGCUUUUGCAGCCAAUCGAAAGGAUCAAAGCAAACGAACCUUACAAGGAACCGCGUAUCAACACGUAACGAACAUUUCCAGAACCAAAUCCAUUGAACAGAGAAGAACAGUGACUGAUCUGUACAUGGCUAGCUGGAGGGAACGGGGGGAACACAAUGCUGCAGAUCAUUUCGUGAAAGAGUAUUGCCAAUAUCCUAAGUGGAAUUGGAACUAUUCAUGCAGUGGAGAGGUUGGUGUCUACCCUUCUAACUGUCCAAACGAGAGCUUCAACAGGCAUGGCAUUAAGAGUGUCUGUGCAGACAACGCCAAGAAUGCUUCCCUUACCCAUUUUCUUGUGCACACCGCGAAGUCACUGCUCCGCGAAGAUGCCAACACCAGAGGGGAUCCUUGCACGAUUCUUGUUCCAACUACGUGUUCCCCUUUGAUGGUAUCUGUUACUGGCUUCGUGCGCGAGGGAAUCGAUAUUAUUGAGAUGGGUAUUGAUGAAACCGGCAAUGCCACUGGUGGAUGGUUGGGCAACUUAAGGCAUAGGAUUGGCAUUCCCCUUGAUGCAGAUCGCGUUCGAAUGAUAACUGCCGCCAUCGAUGGAGACGAGCGACACUUUCGACGAAUUUACAGCGGCACGACUUCCGACGUGAUCGCAGAUGCUAUGGUAUCGGCAACUAACACUGUUUGUCACUUGCAAUGGAAGGAUGGUUCUAUUGUUGGCGACUGCGAUGACUGCGUGAAACAUCUUGGCUAUAAUUGCCCCUGUGCCUGUUACCUUCGCAGCAAGUUUGGGCUUCUCGAGAUGCAUCUGGAGGGCCUCAGGAAGACCAACAGCACAGCUCAUGGAACUGUCGUUAGGGCCCCAUCGCGAGGCAGUACCAAACGCAUGUACAAAAGCGGGCUCUCUAGCUCUAAUGCGAACAAGCGAAGAUGUCUGCCGCAGAUGCUGGAUACAUUCGAGAGCUAUCUUGCCACCCUGCAUUCGGCUCAUUUGGCAAAUCUUGUUCGGUACUUGUGUUUGAUCCCCAGGGGCGUGGAUGCCACUACGUUCGUCAAGUCCAACACAGCCGAAGACCUACUCGAAGCUCUUACAGAAUUCUAUGACAAUAGCAUUGCAUACAGGAAGAUGCUACGCGGCAGUGACACAUCUUACACACAGGUUCGAAACAUUGUCAGUCGCAUCAGGAUGGCAAUUCCACCAAAGGAAAAUCAGGAAGCAAAAGGAUUCACGAAAACGGGCAUUCUUUGA